UGUUCUCAUACUCAAAAAUUCAGUGUUUCUUGCAUUCAGUCUACCCACUAUUACUUCCACCCCAAUCAGCUUAUUAACCUUGCUGUACAGUAUAACACAAGCAUAAUUUUCUCAUUUACCUUCAAACAACUUGUCAACACUCCCAUUACUCAACUGACUGUACAAUACCAGGAACUAUUAGGCAAUGACAUAUUUAUGACCUUGGUCUAUGUGCAAGCAGCUCUUGAAGAAUAUUGUUGUAUCAUGGCUGCAGAAGAGCCCAAAAUUUUGAUGCACACCAGUGACUGCCAAGAUCCAGUAGGCUAUAAUGAGGACUGGCAUGCUAUCUGGUGGAAUGGCAUGGCUUAUUUCCUUCUCAAUAGACAAAAUCCACAACCAUAUCAUGAAGCCAUCAAAUACUUUAAAAAUUUGCAGUUCGGGCGUGUUAGCAGAGGGUGCAAGGAACUUAUGUUCAUGAUUAUCAGAGAGGGAGUAGCAUUCAACCAUGCUAAUCAAUUCAUUGACAAAGCUUGCUAG